GAUAUACUCCGUACCAUUCAACCCAUUACAAUAUACUGCCCUCAAAGCUUGCAUUGCUGGAAGCUCCAUUCUACUCGAACAUACCUUCAAGGAUCCUCUCAGAUACAAUGGUGGGACUUCUUCAGCUUCCUAACGAGUUGCUGGCUCUUAUAUUUGGCCGGCUAGACGCCCAAGGCUUCUCCGCCCUGCGGUUGACGUCCAAAUAUGCAAAAUUGGCUACGUUGCCGGCUUUCAUCAGGCGAUACUUCCAGACCCGCUAUAUAAUGUUCUCAAGGCUAAGCCUCGAAAACUUCCUGGAGAUUGCGCGACAUCCGGACUUUGGCCCUGCUGUGAGAACACUAGAACUCUGUACGGAUCAUUUUGUGGAGUUCCCAUCUCCAAGCUUUCAUACUGCACGGCAUGAAGGCGAUAUAUUACUGGCCAUACAAGAAGGUCGAUACCCUCCCGCAGUUUCAGUGGGCAGCAUAGAUGAUGCACACUCAUCCACCGAUGAGGAGGAGGACCAAAGCGCUGGGGAGGAAAGUCUGGAGACCGAUGAAGGGAAUCUCUCGUUUCAGGACUCGGAAGGGGCGUUUUUGGAUAAGACGGCUUAUACGUCACUGUGGGAGGAGCAGGAAAACAUAAUCACGUCCGGCCUUGCGCAAGCCUACAUCACGCAGGCGCUGAUUUCUCUUGCCAACAUCGAGUCUGUCGUCAUUAGCAACAUGCACCGGCCCUGGGGUGCACUAGCGCAUGGCCGACAAACAGGGUUACCGCCGACGAACGUCCUGGACGAUUAUGCCGAGGUUCCGUUUCUGGGCCAAGUCCUCCGCAUUACCCUUACAGCCAUCGCUACGAGUGGUGCCGCUCUUAGCAGCCUUGCUAUCACAGCUGGCCUCCCUAGGGAGGCGAUUGUGCCAGACAUUCUCAGACCCUCGGAGUCGCAUCUCCAAUACUACAAGAACCUCCCUCCAAGCCUUACGGAGCUCACACUAAAUGUAUCCGCGGAGGCAGCGAGGCGCGCUGAGGACCGAUGGGCGGACGACGUAUCGGCAUUUAUCGGGAUGUUUCAACAACUGACACAACUGGAUCUGGUCAUCAGACCGGUCGACUUCGGCCCGCGCGUUGACCGAUUGAAACAGCUCGCACCGAGGCUUCAAAUACCGAAUUUACAAUGCCUAGGGCUCUACAAGGCAUCUUGUAGCGUACAGGGUCUUGGAGAUUUUAUCUCGAGGCACAGAGCAACACUCCAAAGCGUUACUUUGGUCCGAGUAGGAGUUUCGGGUGGAAUUGGCCACUUGAGGUCUUUGUUCGCUCUAAUUCGUGAUCAUCUCCCAAGGCUUGGGUUAUCCAUAAAAUCAUGCACUGCAGGGGGGCUUGCCUUAUUGUGCCGAGUGGAACAUGAAAAUGGAGAGGAAUUUGAAGAUUGUUUUGAUGUUGGGGGCAGUCACGAAGCCUGGACGACGGCAAUCCAGGCGAUAAAAACAAGAUAGUUAGAUACACUGCAAGGAUCGUCGUCUCCCGCCGUUUCAGCCAAC